AUGGUGCUGCUGCACGUGAAGCGCGGCGACGAGAGCCAGUUCCUGCUGCGGGCGCCGGCGGACGCCGAGCUGGGGGCGCUCACCGAGCGGGCGGCCCGCGUGCACAACGCGCGGCUCAAGGUGCAGCGCCUGUGCUCCGAGAUGGAGGACUUGGCGGAGCACGGCGUGUUCCUGCCGCCCAACAUGCAGGGCCUGACGGACGAGCAGGUGGAGGAGCUGAAGCUGCGGGACGAGUGGGGGGAGAGGUGCGUGCCCAGCGGCGGCGCCGGGUUCAAGAAGGACACCGUGGGACGCCGGAACGGCCGCGCUCCCAACGAGAAGAUGAAGGAAGUCCUGAGGAAGACGGUGGAGGAAGCCAAGGCCAUCGUCUCCAAGAAACAAGUGGACGCCGGAGUCUGCGUCACCAUGGAGAUGGUGCAGGACGCCCUGGACCAGCUGCGGGGGGCGGUGAUGAUCGUGUACCCCAUGGGCCUGCCGCCCUACGACCCCAUCCGGAUGGAGUUUGAGAACAAGGAGGACUUGUCGGGCACCCAGGCGGCGCUGAGCGUGAUCGCGGAGCCCGACGCGCAGCUGUGGUGGGCGGGCAAGGAGCUGCGCAGGACGAAGCGGCUGUCGGACUACGUGGGCAAGAACGAGAAGACCAAGAUCAUCGUCAAGAUCCAGCAGCGGGGACAGGGCGCGCCCGCCCGGGAGCCGCUCAUCAGCAGCGAGGAGCAGAAGCAGCUGAUGCUGUUCUUCCACCGCCGGCAGGAGGCGCUCAAGCGGCUGGAGGAGAGCGAGGACGACGCGUGUCUGAACGCCCCGUGGGCGGACGGCUCCGCGCUGAAGCGGCACUUCCAGGGCGUGAGGGACAUCCGGUGGCGGCCGCGCUGA